UAAAAAAUCACAAACACAAUAGUCCAAGGUGCGCAAGUUUUCAUGCGCAAUGAAAACUUCCUUGAUUCUGCUGGUCGAUUGCGGUGUUCCACUUAGUUUUUCAGCUGAUCACGCUUUCAUCGGGCGCUUCGCAGUCGACGCGUGUGUCAUGAGCGAAUCUCUCGCAGCGUAGUUAGAAUCGAGUGCUUGUGUCGUGUAGCUAUCUAGUGGCAGUGAAAAUGUUUUCAGGACUCACAAAUCAAGUCAGUUCGUGGAUGGGAGCAGCUAAAGGCGAGCCCCAAGAUGAAGAGGUACCCACCCCAACCAAGGACGCAACUGGGGAGACUACAGCAGAAGGGGACAAACAAAGUCCAACCAAGGGAGGCAGCAAGCUGGACCUCAUUACCAAUGUGAAGUCUCAAAUGACUGGUUGGCUUGGCUCUGGCAUCCCAAUUCCUGGUCUCCGGAAAAAUGAAGCCGCACCUUCAGAUGUACCUGAAGCUGCUCCAGUGGAAACUGCUGAAGUAGCUGAGUCGAAGACAGAAGCAAAAGAGGAUGAUGAUAAUUCUAGGUACAUUAGUGCCACGGGCGGAGCGGACAGCAGGCCAGGCUCCACGGGCGGCACCCCCACCGAGGAGCAGCCCGCCGGCGUUGGUAACGGUUCCUCACAGAGUAAAAAGAUUUUCUCGGUAGACGCCAUAGAAGUGCCAGAUAUGCAAGAAUUGACCACAAAAGCGGUGGCCGGAGCCAAGUCGCUGGGCAACUUUUUGUACUCCGCCGUGAACAAGGCUGGGGCUAAAGUCAGCGAGGCGAGUGCCAAGAUCAAGAAGACCGUGGAAGAAAACAGCAUCCUCGGUGAAUUCAACCGCGAGCAGGAUGCCUUCAUCAAGGGCCAGGAGAAGGGCGGCGGUGCAACUGCCGCGCCGUGGGUGGGCGCGCCCAACGAGGCCUCGCUCAAGGAGGAGUGCCUCUCCUUGUCUACUGACCGGCGGAACUUCGUGCGCGCGCCGCCAGCGGGCGUGGAGUUCGAUUUUGACUACGACAAGAUGUACCCGGUGGCGGUCGCCAUCAUGGCCGAGGACCCCAACCUCGAGAAGAUGCGCUUCGACCUGGUGCCCAAAGUUAUCACAGAAGAGAACUUCUGGCGGAACUACUUCUACCGCGUGUCGCUCAUCUGCCAGGCCAACGAGGCCGACGCCGUGGAGCGCCAGGCCAGCGCUGACGACUCGCAGGAUAGUAAAACCGCGAGCGAAGGUCUCAUAGCUAGUGAGAAAUCAUCGCAAGCGUCGAUCGAUGACGUCAAAAUGAGGAUUAAAUCGUUGAAAGUCGAUAGAGAUAACGACGAUGAGCAAUGGGAGAAGGAGCUCGAGGCGGAGUUGAAGGAGUACGAGGUUGUCGCCGACAAGACGAGCGACGAGAAGUGGGAGAAGGAGUGCGAAGACCUGCUUGGAGAGGAGGUGGAUCUUAAGUAGAGAUCCUGUCAUAUGACCGCUUUGAAUGUCGACCAUGGGGCACUGUUGGAUAAGGUUGAUAUUCGAGUAACAUACAAUUCAAUUGUCUAUUUCAUUCAAUCGUUCAUCGUUCUUUUUUAUCGGUCACUAGAUGUCCUGGCAGAAGUGUGAGACAACAGAGUAAAAUAGAAAAAGAAAACAAAUAAUUUUUUCAAUGUAGGGUAUUGUAACCAUUUUUUUAUAAAAGCUUUAUUUGGACAAUAAUUUAUGUAGGUUUAUUGUGUUCAUUCGUUCAUCGUUCUUUUCUAUGAGUAAUAAGUUAUCUGUUAAUAAUAAUUCUCUUUGUUUUUUUUAUUCAAAAUAUACAAUGUAAUUAACUAAAUAUACGAAUUUCUUGUUAGCAUUUCUAUACCAGUUAACAGCCAAAUUUUUCUCCAAUUGCUUAGCGAUAUUUUAUGAAUAAAUACUUGCUUAUGUCAAUCAUUUAGAUGGAAUAAAUAGAGCGGGACUCUUAAUACACCCCCUUAUCUACACCUUGAGAAGUUUUAAUAAUUUAAUUCUAAAGAAAUCGGAUUGGUCGGAAAUACGAACAAGCUAAAGAGCCUUGGUCGAAAGUUUUGGUCACCCAUCCAAUUCUUGACAGUGCCAACCGCUGCUUGACGUUGAUUUGUUCGCUGUCCGUCUGUCUGUCAGACGGAAAGACUGACAGACAGACGGACAACGAAGCCAUAAUAAUGGGGGUUCGUUUUACCAUUUUGGCUACGGAAACUAAAAUGAGGAAGAAUUAAAAUAUAUACACACUAAACAACAUUCCAUGCUAUAAUAAGUAUUUGAAAAUUUCAUUUGAACAUCUUAAAAUUACUAUAGUACCUAAUGCAUUUUUCUGUCUAUAGAUUCUACAAAAUCUGAAACUUAACUGUCGUUUCAUUUUUACGUGUGCAAGGACAAACCAAUAACUUUAGCAUUUGUAAUAUAAGAAAUUCAACAUAUAAAUUUUAAUGUAAUUCAUGUCUAUUAUAAUUCAAUUACUAAGAAGUCACAAGUUUCUAUUUUAAAUCUAUCUGAUCACACGAAUGUACAAAAAGUACAACGGAAAGACAGUUCCGGAGAUUUCCCUGCAUACUCCUCGUUCCCGCGGGAUUUCCGGGGUGAAAAUUAUCUUAUUUCCUUUCUAAGGUCUCAAACUAUUUCUGUACCAUUGACCAAUUUCAGCCAAAUUGGUUCAGGAGAUUCUGAUAUAACUGCGUACAAAACCAGCAUACUCGACAAAGAUAAAGUAUUACACCUUAAAAAAAUAUAACUUACCUCAUUAUAUUAUAAUUUUAGAAAAGACGAGGUAAAAACUUAUAAAAUCUUUAGCUAACCUAGAUCUAAAACUUAUAACUACUUUCCAAUCGACAAUCAUCUCCUUUUCCUUUUCCCCUUAAAAGCGACCAGCGCAUCCGCAGGGGCACCACCUCUGCGAAUGUUCAUGGGCGGUGGUGAUCGCUUACCAUCAGGCGGACCACCAGCUCAGUUGCACGAUAUGAUAUAAAAAACGAUAGAUUUAAUAUAGAGACAGGAUCAAUUUUAAUAGAUAAUUAUUAUUAUAUAGGAUUGCUCAGCUGUUAAAAUAUGUCUAUUAAGGUUUCAAAAAUAUAGGCUAACUUUUCUUCUCAUAUUACUUAUCUAGAAAAAUGUGUGCAUAGUAAAUGUAUUUUAAUAACCCUUUUUAUUUAUAAAUAUUAUUUAAUUUGAUUAUUAUGAAAUACAAGUAUUUGUGUGGGCCUGCCGACUGCCCACAGAAGUGUAUAUUUCGACUACAUCAAAACUAUGAGAAAUGAUAGAAGGUUAUUGUUAUAUAUCGCUUCAAUCUAAUUAUAUACAUAAAUAAGGCACUGAUCUUACGUCCUAACAGCAUUAUUAUGUAACACCUACGAAAAACAUACCCUAAAAUUAAAUUAGAAAACAUUAAUUGGCCUAUUGCCCUAUUUACCUCUAUUGGAGAUUGUUUCAUUAAAUGAAAAAAAAAAUGUUAUAAUAAUAUGUUGUAUAAUGAAUAUGUUAUGACUUACGUUGUAUAUAGAUUUUAGCAUUUUAAUUUGUUCCUUUGUAUGUAAUUGUAUCAGUUAAGGUUAUUGUAAAUUAUACGUGUUUAUAAACAUUCCUAUGAAUAAAGUGUUCGUUGUA